UUUUCUUUCUUUCUUUCCGUUAGUCCCUCCAUCCAUUCAUCUAUCUAUCUUUCUAUCUGUCUAUCGUCGCCUGAUAGUUUAUAUAAAAGGCCCACUGCUCGAUAAACAAAUCGCACUUCUGAUGUGAAGGAAAAACUUUCGUUCUCAGCUUGAAGAAAGAAUUGAAACAACGAAAACAACAACAACAACAACAACAAUAGCAACAGUAACUAUCGCAAAUUGAUCAUAAUGACUGCUGCAUUGGACAGCAAUAUUAUGUCUCCGUUUAUAAGGGAGAAACUGGUUUAUAACCACGACGCGGCCAAAGAAAACCAUUCCUUCAGGAACUUUGACAAAUGUGAUUCCGAUUCGCAGGUGUACAACACCUACAAGCAAAUGCACACGUUUCAAACUGUCGACUUUGUGAAAGAAUCCCACGGACGAUGGACCAGAUUCGAUCAUGUUGAAAUGUCUAUAAUGGAAGCUCUGGAAAUGUUAAACAACUUGGUGGAUGAAUCCGACCCGGACAUCGAUCUCAGUAACUCUUUCCAUGCGUUUCAAACGGCAGAAGGAAUACGUAAAGAGUACCCCGACGAAGACUGGUUUCAGUUGACGGGACUCAUACACGACCUAGGUAAAGUUAUGGCCCUCUGGGGUGCACCGCAGUGGUCGGUGGUCGGCGACACCUACCCGGUCGGCUGUAGACCAGCUCCUUCGGUCGUUUAUGCCGACAGUACUUUCAACGACAACCGCGAUUUUAACAACCCGAAAUUCAACACGAAACUCGGUAUUUACGAAGAACACUGUGGUCUGAGUAAGGUACUCAUGUCUUGGGGCCACGAUGAGUACAUGUACCAAGUACUGAAACACAACACUUGUUACCUACCCGAGGAAGCUCUCUGUGUCAUUCGAUACCAUUCUUUCUACCCAUGGCACACCUGUAAUGAUUAUGGUUACCUGUGUGACAACAAAGAUCAAGAAAUGUUGAAAUGGGUUCAAAAUUUCAACCCGUUCGAUUUGUAUACCAAAUCACCCGUCAUUCCGGACGUUGACGAAAUCCGACCACAUUACGAAAAAUUGAUUGAAAAAUAUAUCCCGGGUAAAUUAAAAUGGUAAAAAAACAUUUUUUUUUUAAAGAAAAAGAAACAGAUUUUCUAAUGAAUUAUUAUAACAAAUGAAAUUGCUCAACUAUUUUGUUGUAAAUAUAUUCAAAAACUGUAUUCUUGGUCGCAAGCGGGGUGGAAAAUUUAAUAAGACAACCUAGGAACAACAAAGAUCCGAGUGAACAACUGAAAGUGAAUUUAAUGGGAAAUUUGAAAGGAGAUAAAGAUGGAUAAAAAUUGUGUUUUAAAUGUAUUUAAAAAGGCAAGAUAUAAAGCGAAAUUCAAGUAAGAUUUUAAAAGGAAAAAAAAAAAAAAACGGUAAAAGAUGAACUGCAAAAUGUCUGCGACCCCUGCGAUGCACUUUUAUUGUAAAAAAAAAACAAAAAAAAAACAAAACAAACAGAAGGCCUUACAAUGGGAAAGCGAUCAUUAGAAGGAUGUUAUGAAAGAGGGAAAUGAUAAUUAUUGCGUUGAUGUUCAUGAUGAUGAUGCUGGGAGUGGUUGUGUUGGUGUUAGUGUUGGCAGUAGUCGUGGUCUUGAUUGGAUUGGUUUUGAUAUUUAAGUGGGUUUAUUUUAUUUUUUAAUUAUCUUUUGAGAGUGGUCUGAUUAUACACAUUGCUAUGACAUCGUGCUAACGUGUGCGUGUGUGUGUAUGUACAACAUAUAUAACACAUAUAUGCAUAUAUAGUGUGUACAUGUAUGUAUAUAGUACAUGUUGCUUAAUUGUAUAUAUGUACAUAUAUUGUAUAUAAGUGUAUGUACAUACAUAUAUAUAUAUUUGUUAUCCAUAUUUACAGUUGAAAAGAUCUCAAGGAUCGAAACCAGUACUGAAAUGUUUUUUAUAAAAGUAUUUUAGCAUCUUCUACCUUGUCUUUUUUCCAUAUAUAUAUAUAUGUAUAUAUUGUAUGUGAAUCAAUGUAUAUAUAUAUAUAUAUAUAUAUAAAUGUAUGCGUGUGUAUGUAUGUGUAUAUAUGAAAGAGCGGUACGUCAUUGGAUGUUAAUGCAUAUAUAUAUAUGUAUAUGUGAGCGACAGCUCAAGUGAGUGUGUAUAAAUAUUGCUAUAAAGCGUAGGCUGAUGUAACGCGUGUAUGCUUCAAAGUGGGGCUUUUUUAUUUUUUUAUUUUUUAUACCAAUUCUACAUUUUUCAAUUUGUAAAUAUCUCAAAUAUAUACAUUUCCUUUUAUACAACGGCUUUCCAAAAACUUUCAUUUGCCUCCGCAGCACUCUCCCCCCCCCACACACACGUUAACAAAUCCAUCAGGUGGGAAACUAAAAAAGAAAAUUCUUGAAAAUAAAAAACGAUUGUGUGUAUAUAUAUAUAUAUAUAUAUAUAUAUAUACAUACACCAACACACACAUAACUAUAUCUUUUGUUGAACCAGCUGAUGUUAAUGCGUUCGGUGAUACAGGUUCAUGAAAACUUACGCCCCAUCUCAAUAUAUAUAUAUAUAUAUAUAUAUAUAUAAAAUUGUUGACAAGUUCUCUCUCCCUCUCGAUGUGUAUGUACAUGUGUAUAUAGUGUAUAUAUGUCCAGCAUAUGUGCGUGUGCAUACAUAGACAUACACGUAUAUGUACAGACACACAUGCUGACGUGUUAUAAGUGUAUAUAUAUAUAUAUAUAUACACACAUGCACACGUACACACACACACUUGCGCGCGCACAUACACCUAUGCAUUCAUGUAUUGGAGAAGGCCCGAAUCAAAGUGCGCGUGACCCGUUUCAACAUGUCGAGUUUGUUAACGUUUCUCAUGACUACAACAUUGAACGUGUGCAAAUAUGCGGAAUCCGUAAAAAAUAAAGAAGGAAAUCCAUUUGU